AGAUUCAACGCUAUCUAGUGGUAGCCUACUAAUAGACGAUGAGAACAGUAUGAGAAUAAAAAAAGUCGUAAACUCUUCGAAAAAGACGGAAUAGUGAGGUGGAGAGAGGCCGAGAGUUGAUACGGAAUAGCAAAUACGAAUCGAGCCGGAGUUUCGUCGAACAAUGCGUUGAAUCGUCCUUUUUGUACGACAAAUUAUUACGCUUCGUUAUACAUACGAAUGGAUGCGAGAUUGGCGAAACGUCACAGUGACAUUCGCGCGAAUUUACAAUGUAAUUAUACCGUGGUGAUAUUCAACAUAUAAGUGCUGCCUGAGGAGGAGGCAAAAAUCAGCAACAUGACUGAAGGUGCAGAGACCCAACCGAAUGCGGGAAAUGAGCCCCAAACAGAAGCCUUAGAACCAAGGGCAACACACAGCGAAGGAUUACAUGAGGGAGUAGGGGAAUCAACAUCGCAAACCAUUCUUGAACCUAUGCAAGAGCUUCUUACAGUUCAUGGAACUACGCAAGGAGAAAGCAGCGAUGCUGUCAGCAUUUAUACUGCAAGUACCUCGGUAUCUGGUAAUGAAUCAAGUUCGAGUAGAGUUAGUGCAAUAACUGUUGUGUUACCUUGGGGUGCUCAGAAAGAGACAGUAAAGCCACAGCAAAUAGGAGACAUGGAUCUAAGACCUGGAGAAUAUGUGAUGCGUAUUCUGUUCGCGGAAUUUACUUCACAGGCGGAAAAGAAAAUGGAAGCUGUUAUGACAGAACAUGAAAAACAAUUAUCGAAAGUGUUGCAAAGGGGAGAAGAUGCACAAUUUGAUCAACUUUUAUCGGCUUUCGGUUCCGUUGCCGAGCACUGUUUGCCGUCAAUAUUGAAAGCACUCUUCAAUUGGUAUGAACGUCAACUUGUAGAUCAAGGCGGUGAUCAUAAAAAACCUGCUCCUGGGAAGGAAGACCAAAAAGGAAAAAGCAUUAUGUAUACAAUAGUAUCGGGAAGUGUAGAAACAGUUGAAAGAAGUGAAGCAGAUCUCUUGCAAGAGCGUAGAGACCUUGCUGUUGAAUUUAUAUUUUGUUUAAUGCUGAUUGAGGUUUUACGCCAAUUACCAUUUCAUCCUGGGCAUGAAGAUUUAGUAACUUAUAUCGAAAAUAUUGCUUUUAAACACUUCAAAUACAGAGAAGGCAUACAAAACGAACCAAAUGCAGCUAAUAUUCAUAUUAUUGCUGAUCUUUAUGCCGAAGUAAUCGGAGUUCUGGCGCAAUCCAGAUUUAUGUCAGUGAGAAAACGUUUUAUGGUGGAACUGAAAGAAUUACGAGCUAAAGAGCCAGGUCCUCAUACUACACAGAGUAUUAUUUCCCUAUUGAUGGGGAUGAAAUUUUUCCGAGUCAAAAUGGUACCAAUAGAGGAGUUUGAGGCAUCAUUCCAAUUUAUGCAAGAAUGCGCUCAAUACUUUUUAGAAGUGAAAGACAAAGAUGUUAAACAUGCUUUAGCUGGUCUUUUCGUUGAAAUACUCGUUCCAGUUGCUGCUGCUGUGAAAAACGAAGUGAAUGUACCAUGUCUGAAAAACUUUGUGGAGAUGUUGUAUUCGACAACAUUAGACAUGUGUACGAAGUCCAAGCACAGACUAGCACUUUUUCCAUUAGUAACUUGCUUGCUCUGCGUCAGUCAGAAAACGUUCUUUUUACAAAAUUGGCAUUACUUUUUAGCUAUGUGUUUGUCUCACUUGAAGAAUCGUGAUCCAAAAAUGUGUCGCGUUGCAUUAGAGGCAUUAUAUCGUCUACUCUGGGUUUACAUGAUACGAAUAAAGUGCGAGAGCAAUUCGGCUACGCAAAGCAGACUGCAGAGCAUAGUGAAUUCUCUAUUUCCUAAAGGAUCAAAGGCGGUAGUACCGCGAGAUACUCCGCUGAAUAUUUUUGUGAAGAUUAUUCAGUUUAUUGCGCAAGAGAGACUGGAUUUUGCGAUGCGUGAAAUAGUGUUUGACUUGUUAUCUGUCGGACGACCGGUAAAAAUAAUUUUAACUCCCGAACGUAUGAGUAUUGGACUUCGAGCAUUCCUCGUUGUAGCCGAUAGCUUGCAGCAGAAGGAUGGAGAACCGCCAAUGCCGCGCACUAUGGGUGUACUGCCAAGUGGAAACACCAUGCGUGUUAAGAAGACAUUCUUAAAUAAGAUGCUGACAGAAGAUACUGCACGAAGCAUAGGAAUGUCUUCGUAUUUCCCACAUGUACGCCGUGUCUUUGUCGAUAUCUUGCGCGCGUUAGAUGUUCACUAUGGCAGGCCUCUCAUGAUGACCAGUACUCAAAAUAUGAACAAGGAACCGGAUGAGAUGAUCACCGGGGAGCGCAAGCCGCGAAUAGAUCUCUUCCGAACUUGCGUUGCCGCUGUUCCGCGACUGAUUCCUGAUGGAAUGACUGGUGCAGAAUUAGUUGAUUUACUGUCUCGUUUGACAGUACACAUGGACGAGGAAUUACGUGCAUUGGCAUAUCAAAGUUUGCAAACCCUAGUAUUAGAUUUUCCUGAUUGGCGACAGGAUGUCGUACUCGGGUUUACGCAGUUCCUAGCUAGGGACGUGCAAGAUACAUUCCCGCAACUCGUCGACAACGGCUCGAGAAUGCUGUUGCAACUGCUGACCAGUUGGAAGAACGCUCUGACGAGUCCCAGUAUAAGGUCUAAGGAACAAUCGGUAGAUAAUACACGGGUGAAUAUACGAGUAGAUGUUGGCAUCAAGAAGUGCGAAUCAGGCCAGAAAGUAGAACCUGUGUCAAAUAUAUUCUAUCUGGUAGAAGGAUUUGCGUUGGUUAUGCUCUGCAAUUGUCGCCUUUAUCCUCGAAGAUUGGCUGUUCAUAUUCUUCGCGAAGUUAAGCUUUUAAUGAAGACUUUAGGAGGACCUGAAGAUGAUCAGUCUGUUAUUGAUGUGAUUGAUGCUUGCUGUCCCAUUGUCUUGGAAAAAUGUUAUCCUAUGUUACCACCAGCUGAAAAAGCAGCCGCCGCAUCUACGUCUAAUGUGGAUUUACAAUGGAUAGCAGACAGGAGUAGUUGUGUUUGGACAGCUGGAUUUCACGAUGAAAACAGUACCAAGAGUUCUUCUUCGCUUAAUCUAAAUGGGGCUGAUCCAUGGGCCAGUUGUCUAUUUGCCUUUCUGGAAAAGGAUAGAGUACUCACUUUAUGUCCAAAUGCUGUUGCUCAUUCUUGGCCCAUUGUCUUUACUCGCAUAAACUCUCUGUUUUCAGUAGUGGAUCCCACUCCGGUAAAUGACAACAGAGCUUCAUUACUGAGAAGUUCGACGACAGUGAGAAAACCGAUAAACGAGAGAGACGUUUAUAUGCAUAUCUGGAAAAAUUAUCUGACUUUUGGAUAUAGAGUCGUGCCACCUGUACCAAAUCCGGUCGUUCGGUGCGCCAGUCCAGAUCUCAGUCUCAGCUCUUCGCCAGACAGUUUAUCCGCAGAACGUGGUGAUAACAAAUCACCGGGUACAAACGCGAGCCCGGCAGCCUUGUACAAGCUGACUGUACCUUUGCUGAGAUGCGAGGCUGUCGACGUCAGAGAUGCCGCGGUGCAGGCAAUUGGAAAAGUGAAUGCUGAUGCUUUAAAAGACUUGAUGGAAGAAUUGGUUCCUUACAUCCGGGAAGCGGUAGAUCGGAAACAGGAAAAUAUGAGACGGCGAAGAAGACGUGAUGCUUUGAGACUGCAGCUAGUAAGAGUACUGGAAUUAAUUGCCGAAUAUGGAACAUUCGGCAUCUGUUCAGCGGUUUUAGAUCGCGAGACACAAUCCUUACAUCCUACAUUCGUCGAGUACAUAGAUGGUGCACGCAUUUAUUUAGAAAACGAGACCGAUAAGGAAGCACCUGCUGUACGAGACAUUAAAUUGCACUUCUGUAACUUCAUCAGGAAAAUGAUUAAGAGUUUUUCACUGGAGACAUGUUACACCUUGUUAAAGAGGGACUUAAGAAGAAAUCUGUUCAUGCUCUUUGCUAGUUGGGCCGGUGUUUAUGGCAAACCGCUUACAAGCACGUCGUCUAUGCAAGAGGAAGAAAAAUCUUGCACGGAAUUGCAACUUUCAGCCUUGCAAGCUAUGAGUGGAUUACUCUGUUGUGGAUCGUGCUUUAAUCCACAAUCGCUUUCGGAAGAGGGUGCCAUUUUAUAUCAAUGGUUGGACUCAUUAUUGGCCAGUAAAGAUGAAAAGAUUUAUGCACUCGCACGUGAAACCGUCGUAUUGUUGCUCGAGGGAAAUCCCGAUAUUGGUACGCUUUUGGAUUGGGUGGUGGAUCGAUGUUAUACUGGCGCUCCACAAGUAGCCGACGGCUGCUUUCUCGCUUUGGCAACAAUUUUCAGCGCCAGGGAAUAUCCUUGCGAUCACUACACUAGCGUCAUCAAUGUCACGUUGAUGAAUACAGGAUGUCCUCGCGCUCCGGUCCACGAUGCGGCGCUUCAACUUCUUCAACUGUUAGAUCAACGUUUUUUCGGAAACGUAGGUCCGCUUUCAGCUACAGAACUUGAGGCUGGACACAAUGACCCUCUUGCCAGUUCCACUGCAACUGUGACUUCCGGACCAGGUCAACAAAGUAAUCCUGCAGGUGAAAUUUCCUCCGGUGGUACAAUUAGAGGUGGCACAUUAGAUGUCCUCUUAUCAACCACUUAUUGCCGCAGUCAAAUGUACCUUUCACGACAAUUGGCUCAGUUACAUCCGGAGCUCACGAUGCCGAUGUUCAGCGAAAUUACACAUCGAUUUCAAACAGCCCGUAGAGAAGUUCGGCAAUUAUUGCUGCAGUAUUUGCUACCCUGGUUACAUAAUAUGGAACUUGUUGAUCCUAAUGUACCACCACCAUCUAAUCCGUUGAGUUAUUACCAGUAUUACACGAGCGAUGUAACACGUGGAGGAACACGUAGAGAAGGCUGGGGCAGCGCAGAAGCGACGGAGAUGGUGCUCAAUAAUCUCUUUUACAUCACAGCAAAGUUUUCGGAUGAGCAUCCUAAAGAGACAGAGGAACUUUGGGCGACUUUAUGUGGUUGCUGGCCGAACAAUCUCAAAGUUAUAAUACGCUAUUUGAUUAUCAUCUCGGGGAUGGCGCCUCAAGAACUGCUGCCAUAUGCGAAACGUGUUGUAUUGUAUCUGGCACGGGCUCGUCCAGAUCGUCUCGUCGAUGAAAUGAUGACGGAAUUAGAAACGGUCGAGACUCUAAAUUGUUUAAUUGAACGGACGGAAACGCCACCCUUUUAUCGGCUCACCAGCAUGCGGAAAGCCUCGUCGCAUAGCGACGCUCCAGCGGCCGAUCCUGCCAAUCCUCCCCGUGAUCUCGGCGUCGAGAAAGGUACCAUCCAUACGAAAAGACAUUCCGGAGAAGAUCCCGUCAAAACCGGUUCCAAGUCCGAUACCGCGCUACGAGCACUCGCGGGGUUUCAAACUCCAAGGGCGGAAAAGACGAGGACUGCAAGCGGUCCGCCAGUUCUUCCAGACGAUCUAUCAACUCCGACUACGGAAGCCGAGUUAACUACCGACGAAUCGUGUUACGCCGCUCGUAACGGGCCCGUUGGAGUAAAUGGAAAAAUGCCAUGUGUCGACGAGAAGUUCGAUAUUCCUCAACCGCAUCCUUUACCGAUGCCAGAAUACGGCGGAUAUUUUGCUCCUUUAACUGAGUAUUUGCCUGACAGUUCUCAGCCAAUAAGCGGAUUCCACAGGUGCAAUAUCGCCGUGAUGUUGCUCACUGAUGUAGUCGUCGACGGAAUUCAGCUGGAUUGGGCCAUACACGUCCCUUUGAUGUUGCACAUAGUCUUUCUUGGAUUAGAUCACUCGAGGCCAUUGGUGCGGGAUCACUGUCGUUGCCUGUUGCUGAAUCUAUUGGUCGUGCUUGGCGAUCAUCGCGAUCAUCUUGGUGUGGCACGCGUACUUCUUGCCUCCAAGACGGAACAAUUGGGAUUGGGAUUAUCCACACCGGCGUUGCCAGUGCUGGAACACAACUUUACGGAAGUGGACCCGGAAUUCGACAGUUACCUGUAUGGUCCUCCACCAGUUCCGCCACCCACAACUCCACCAAUAUCAUCUUCGCCACCUCCACCCUCUUCGCCCCCGCCCCCGCCACCUCCUCCGCCACCGCCUCCGCCACCGCCUUUGCCUCUCGAUUCUUCAGCAUCUCUGUCGGUACCUCCGCCGCCUCCACCUCCUCCACCUCCGCCGCCGUUACCUUCUUCUUCAGUUGCGGACAGUACACCUACUCAUUCGUCUUUAUCAAAUUCGACAUCGACCCCGCCGUUGUCGAUGAAUCACGGGAAUCAGUCGGCAGCAGAUGACAGUAAAGAUUAUGGGAAUUCUCACGCGUACGAAUCAGCAGUAUGCAAUAGCUGGCCAAUCUCGAGCGGAACGACAACGAACACAGUACCGCCCGUCAUUGUAACUCCGGAAGAUGCGAACAAUUGGACCGGACCUCAACCAGGUCCCAAUAUGCCGAUACAGGACGUUAUUAAAUCCUUGAUUAAUUUUCUAGCAUCUAGAACAAACCAACCGCUGUGGAAUUACGAGGACAUGACUGCCAAAGUAUGGUGGGUGCGUAGUGCCGAGCAACUCACAGUAUUAUUACGACACGUGUUACGCGUCUUUAGAGAUUCGUUGCCUCAUGCAUUAGUCAGCCAAAGAUGGGCACAAACGGCACUGCAAUUGGGUCUUUCUUGCUCAUCCAGACACUAUGCAGGAAGAUCUUUGCAAGUUUUUCGUGCGUUGCGUGUUCCUAUAACAUCUAGGAUGUUGUCCGAUAUCUUAUCCAGAUUGGUGGAAACAGUCGCCGAGCAAGGCGAGGAUAUGCAGGGAUACGUAACAGAGUUGUUGCUAACAUUAGAAGCAGCUGUCGAUUCGCUCGAAUCGGAUUUUAGACCGCUCGAUUUUAUGAAAGAGAUCUUCAAGUCGACGCCUAAUCUGAACAAUAAGGAUCCUGUGUCGGGAAAUGUAAUCGGAGGAAAACGCAGUCCAGGUGGAGGGAACGGUUAUCCGGUUGGACCGCACAUGUUCUCUCACUUAAAUCAAGGCGGACAUACAAGAAGCACUAGCUACUCAGUCAGUUAUUGUAUGAAAAGGUCCAGCGGUGGCAAUUCUACGACCAGCGAUAUGAAAGAAGUUGACAACAGAGUCGGCGGUAAUAAAUAUCCCAAUUCGAACCUGUCGAGAUCAAGAUCAGCACAGUCCUUGAAAUUAUUGGGCGAUUCCGCGACGCAAGACGACAAGAUGACGAUAUUAGCACAACUGUUUUGGUUAGCGGUGUCUCUGCUUGAAUCGGAUUACGAACACGAGUUCCUUUUAGCGCUGCGACUUCUUAGUCGCGUGUUGCACAGACUACCGCUUGAUCGACCAGACGCCAGAGACAAAGUUGAGAAAUUACAACAACAAUUACGGUGGACUUCGUUUCCUGGUGUACAUGCGCUCUUAUUGAAAGGAUGCACUAGUCCGAAUACAUAUGAACCUGUCGUUACAUUGCUCUCUCAAUUUACACCUUUGUUGGAUCUACCAGUAGUCGACCCCACGCAAAGCCUCGCGUUCCCGAUGAAUGUUGUAUCGUUGCUGCCGUACAUGCUGUUGAAUUAUGAAGAUGCUAACGAACUUUGCAUCAGAAGCGCCGAAAACAUUGCACAAGUAAGCGCAGAAAAGGGGAAAAAAUUAGAGAAUCUUGGUACAGUUAUGACAUUAUAUAGCCGGCGUACUUUUAGCAAGGAAAGCUUUCAAUGGACUAAAUGCGUGGUGAAAUAUCUUUACGAUUCGUAUGCUCAUCUUAGUUUCAAUAUGCUUGCUUUCCUUGUGGAAGUCCUAGAAAAAGGUCCGAGCAGUGUGGCAUUGUCGGUACUCAGUAUUAUACAUUGCAUGUUACAUUAUGUGGAUCUAGCGUCUCCAGCUGCACAACCCAUCAAUACCGAACUUUUAAGAGUGAUCUCUAAAUAUGUUGAGGGCACUCACUGGAAAGAAGCGCUUAAAAUCUUGAAGCUUGUAGUGACAAGAUCGUCGACACUCGUAGCGCCACCGACGUCGAUGCACGGUUCAUCCUGGGAUUCUUCACUGGCAUCGCCACAUCCUAGUUUCACUGAUACAGAGAUAUUUACGAAAAAGGAGCUACCGGGAAGGACAAUGGACUUCACAUUCGAUUUAUCUCAAACGCCAGUAAUCGGUCGACGUUGGUUGAUUCGUCAAGGUGUUGAAGAAAAAUUAAUUAGUUCGCCAUGUUGCUCCUUAUCUUUAUCGCCGGCUGACAAUAGCGCCAUUGCAGGAUGGAAGAGACCUUGGAUGUCACAGGGUCGUGUUAGAGAAUGUUUAGUAAACCUGUUGACAACAUGUGGCCAGAGAGUUGGAUUACCAAAGAGCCCAUCGGUUAUAUUCAGUCAAAGUUCGGAUUUGAUGGAAAGACAAUCAUCCAUGGCCUCUUCAACGGAAGAGGUUUCCGGUGCGAAUAACGAUUUGAGCGGAGGGUCUAGACGGGAUGACGAGCAGUUUGGCGUAUUUAAGGACUUUGACUUCCUUGAAUAUGAAAGUGAAAGUGUUGAAGGUGAGAGUACGGAUAAUUUCAACUGGGGAGUUCGACGUCGUCCUCUUAGUGAGGGAGAGGAACGAGAACCCAGUUUACGACAGUUCGAGGAAAGUUUAAGUGAAAAAACACUAUCAUCCAGCAAACAUACAACACGGCGUGGUGUGGCCGAAGAGUCAUCAGACGAUGAAGCCGGAUCGGAAUCACCUUUGGAUGAAGUACCAGGAGGUGUAUCCGGCACGGGCCAGGAAGCAAAUAGCAUCCCAGGAAUAUUGAGCCAAGUUAUAUUCAGUCAAAGUUCGGAUUUGAUGGAAAGACAAUCAUCCAUGGCCUCUUCAACGGAAGAGGUUUCCGGUGCGAAUAACGAUUUGAGCGGAGGGUCUAGACGGGAUGACGAGCAGUUUGGCGUAUUUAAGGACUUUGACUUCCUUGAAUAUGAAAGUGAAAGUGUUGAAGGUGAGAGUACGGAUAAUUUCAACUGGGGAGUUCGACGUCGUCCUCUUAGUGAGGGAGAGGAACGAGAACCCAGUUUACGACAGUUCGAGGAAAGUUUAAGUGAAAAAACACUAUCAUCCAGCAAACAUACAACACGGCGUGGUGUGGCCGAAGAGUCAUCAGACGAUGAAGCCGGAUCGGAAUCACCUUUGGAUGAAGUACCAGGAGGUGUAUCCGGCACGGGCCAGGAAGCAAAUAGCAUCCCAGGAAUAUUCCCGCCGUCCUCUCUCUCAUUGAUACCUAGUCGUACGCGUCACGAUUCAUCCACAAGGUCUGACACAUCUGGCUCGAGCGCGGGAGAUCUUGGCGAUGUGACACCCUGCAACGCGUCGCCCAAUCUGUCUGCAUUGAUGCCAUUUCGACAGGUCGUACGAGAUGACGCUGAAGAGAUCUGGAAGCAGCAAAUUCAAAAUCUUAUCACUCAAGCUCCAUACAAUACUUUAAGUUUCUUUCAAUUGUUGAGCAAGAUCUUGAGAGAUGUGAGCAGCAAAUCCGUCGGUCUAACACGCGAGGCGAGCGCUUUACUCUGCAACGGCAGCCCGGCUUCAUCUCAUUUGGGUUGUCAUUUAUCUAGUCAUGCCGAGUUACUGAGUUCAAAAGCUGAAGUCGCUAUAUUCGCGAAUCAGCGAUUAAAUGAAACGUUACGCUUUGGAAUGCUUGAGGUGCAAGAACAUUUGGAAACAUUUCUCGAUAGAAAGGACCAUGCCACAGAAUGUUUGGAGGCAGCUAAAGCAACCGCUAAGCUUCAGGCAUUAGGGGAUAGUCACACCACAGAAGCGGGCAUUGAAGAAAUGCUAUUGGAUCUCGGCAGAGCGCUCUAUAAGUUGCAUUUUCAACUUUUGUUGUUAAUUGAAGCGUCAAACAAAAUGCUAGGAGCAUUAAUGACCGCCGCUAGAAACGUACAGAUUCCUCUGCAGGACCUAUCCGUCGAGAUCGCCGUUAUGAAGAUAACUUUAAGUAGAGCGCUCGAAGAGAGCACUGAAAGUGAACGAGGAACACCCACUCCAACACCCAGUCCUAGUCCAUUGCCAGGUACCGGAGCCGUGGAAGAAGUCGCCAGAAUCGCCGAACUUUUGAGAAAUGCACGGUGGUGUCCGGCACUCGAAGCUGUCAGACUGCACAGAGCACAAUGGCCCGGUGAUCCUUUUCAUGAUGACGAUGAUGUGACAACUGCCGUUAAUAUGUACUGCAAAUAUAUAGGUCAGGAUAGAUCGGAUAUAUUUGUAGUGACUAGGAAAGACGACGAGAUGUCAGAAAUAUUUGGCAGAUUGAUGGAAAGCCUGUUUGAAGUACUAGCGGCUGUGACGGGAUUGGAAGCGUCUACGAAAGCUGCGCGCAAUCAACAUGACCAUUCUAAUCACUCUAAAACCGACUGUUAAUAUGAGCUUUAAAGAUAUAGUAUUACGAACUAUUCGUUUGGAUUAAAGUCGGCGUAAAUGUAUACAUAUUUAAUUAUCGUAUAUGUGUCUAGGUAUCUUGUAUACGAUUGUAGGUAAAUAUACGUAUAUCACGCA